AUGUACAUUUAUUUCGAUUUUGAAUGUACGCAGGAAAACGGAAUUCACACCCCUAAUCUCUGUGUGGCCGAACGCGUGUGUCAACAUUGCGACAGUUUAGACAUCGACAUGCGGUGUGAUCACUGUCAUGCGUUUGGCUCGCAACGCCGCUUCGUAUUUCAAGGCCCCGACACCUUAAAGCAGUUUAUGGACUGGCUGUUACAAUCCCAGACGGACGAGAAGGGUAAAGUGAGCUUCAAACACGAUGAAACGACCGCCAUUGCGCACAAUUUCAAGGGAUACGAUGGGCAGUUCAUCUUGAACUACCUGGUGCACACGGCCUGUAUCAAACCCGCAGUCAUCCUCAACGGCAGUAAAAUCUUGUGCAUGGGAGUGUUCGGCUUGAGAUUCAUCGAUUCGUACAAUUUCCUCCCCUUUGCCCUCGCCAAGAUGCCCUCUGCGUUUGGAUUAACAGAAUUGAAAAAAGGUUAUUUCCCCCACUUUUUUAACACGGAACAAAACCAGAAUUACGUGGGGGCUUAUCCCGAUGCUCACUACUACAAUCCUGACGACAUGUCGAUCGCUAAUCGUGCAGCCUUCUAUACCUGGUACACUCAACAAGCCGGGAAAGUGUUCGAUUUCCAGAAGGAAUUCCUGGCUUACUGUAUCUCGGAUGUGGAUAUUUUACGCCGUUGUUGUGCGCAAUUUAAGGCGACGCUCUACGGACUCGUCCGCGUCGACCCGUUUCAGGAAUCCAUCACUUUUGCUAGCACGGCUAAUUUAGCGUAUCGCCGAGGAUUCAUGACACAGGACACCAUAGCCAUCAUCCCCAAUAUGGGAUAUCAACCGUCGCGCCGCUACUCGGCCAAGGCCUGUCGCUGGCUCACCUCCCUAGACCGCAACAUACGUCAUGCUAAGAACGGGGGCGAAAUUACCAUAGGACCCUAUACGGUGGACGGCUACGAGGAGGAAUCCCGCACCGUGUACGAAUUUUACGGCUGCUACUGGCACGGGUGCCCCACCUGUUAUCCGAAUCUGUUGACAGAAACCCACCCCCAUCGAGUCCAGCAGACGUAUCAAACCCUGUACGAGCAAACCUUGAAACGCGCCGCCGCCUUAGAGCAACAAGGAUAUACAGUCGUGAGCAUCUGGGAACACGAGUUUGAUCGACAAGUGAAAAACAAUCCAGAGUUACAAACAUUACUACGAGACCUCGAUAUUCAGGACCCCUUAAAUCCCCGCGAUGCCUUAUACGGAGGUCGUACCAAUGCUACUCGCCUGUAUUGCGAGGAGGGAGACAUGCGAUACGUCGAUGUGUGUUCUCUGUAUCCUUACGUGUUGAAAUACAGAACGUUUCCCAUCGAUCAUCCUCAAAUCAUCACCAGCGAUUUCAAGAAUGUGAGAGAGUACUUUGGACUCAUUCGUUGCCGCGUCCUCCCACCCCGAGGUCUGUAUCACCCCGUCUUACCCUAUAAGACGGGCGGAAAAUUACUUUUCCCCUUAUGCCGAACCUGCGCCGAACAUCGCAAUUUAGGACCCGACGAUCGAUGCAGUCACAGCGAUUCAGAACGCAGUCUGACUGGCACCUGGGUGACCGUAGAAGUACACAAAGCUCUAGAUCUUGGUUAUCGGCUCGACCGCAUCUAUGAAGUCUGGCAUUUUGAAAAGACCAGUCAGGACUUAUUUCGAUCUUACAUCGAUACUUUUUUAAAAAUUAAACAAGAAGCUUCCGGAUUCCCCGAUGAAUGUCAGACGCCCGAACAGAAACAAGACUACAUUAGUGAGAUCCGGCGCCGGGAAGGCAUCUUCAUGAAUCUAAUAGACAUCGAGAAAAACCCCGUCCGUAGAACCAUUGCCAAACUCUUUUUAAAUUGUCUCUGGGGAAAAUUUGCACAACGAUUACAACUACCACAAACACAGUAUUUAACCGAAGAAGAAGAAUUACAGAAAAAAUUACAAGAUGCCACUCUAGAAAUCAAAGGAGUCGAGCUGCUGGAAAAUCGAGAUCAUCCGGAAUCUGACAUGAUGCUAAUCAAUUAUCAAGAGAAAGAAGAAUUCCUAGAAGACUGUCCUUUUGGAAACGUAGUGCUGGCUUGUUUUACCACAGCGCAUGCUCGUUUACAUCUCUACGAGACGUUAGAGCCUUUGGGGGAACGCGUCCUCUAUUUUGAUACGGAUAGUAUUAUCUAUCAACAUGACGAGAACCAAUUUAACCCUACCAUUGUCAACAGUUUAGGCGACUGGACCGAUGAAUUGAGUGGAGAUCGUAUCGUCAAGUACAUGUCGGGAGGCCCUAAAAAUUAUGCAUACGAGACCCAGGGGGAAAAAUCAAUGUGCAAAGUUAAAGGACUGACGCUCAAUUAUCGCGCUUCUAGGAUCGUUUCCCUCACCACCUUAGAAAAAAUGUUAAAAGGAGAAGAAGAAGAAGAAGUCCACGUGCGUUAUCCUCACUACAUUCAGAGAACGCGCCAGCACGGUGUUCGCACCAUCCCCUUAGUGAAAAAAUACCGCGUAGUGUACGACAAGCGACAGCGGGUUCACCAUUACAACACGCUUCCUUAUGGAUAUUAG